AUGAGCGCCGAAACCGACGCGAGCAACAGGCUGGAGGACCUCUCUGGAAUUACCCUUCAGCCUGGUGAGAAUCCAUACACUGCCUUUAUAAACGCCUGUCAUGAUGAUCCCAAAGAACUGCAACUGCUCUACUCUGUGCACCGUACAAAGCGAAAUGCCCAGCAAAAAGCAAAAUUUCUCGCCUCCGAUUUCAAGGGCCUGUCAAUUGACCAGACUAUUCUGAGGCUGGAGCGGCCAGAUAUCGAGCCUGGCUUCAAGGAUGAGCGAAAUUGCCUGGUAUUUUGGGCGAGACCGCCUCAUCAUAUUGUCCAGUUGGCGGCAAAGUUGCAGGGUCUGCUGCAAGACGCUGCGCCUGGAAUUUGGCUGAUGCCAACUCAUCGAAUGCACAUGACGGUUCUGGAGGUCGCAUUUUCCAAGACCCCUCAAGAGAUAGGAGCAUUGGUAUCUGCUAUUCGCCCUAGCAUCCCGGACAUUACUUCCUACACGCAUCGUCAUCGGUCACGAAUUGUGAAGCCCAUGAUUUCGUAUGAUACUUCUGCCUUUGCGGUGUCCUUCUUGCCGGCCUGUGGUGAGGAGACGCUGUCGCCGCCUCCGACUGCUCCUGAUGUUGCCGCCGAUGCUGUCACCCAGGGCGACGGGUACACGUAUCACCACCUCCGGCGAGAUGUGUUUGACAAGGUGCAGGAGGCAGGAUUGCAGGUCGGGUCACGGUAUCAGGUGCCUAGUGCGCAUAUUACGCUGGGCCGGUUCCUGGAUGAGGCGGACCAUGAUACGCCGGAGAAGAGGGAGAGGUGGGUGAAGGCCAUUGACGAUAUUAAUGAAUGGCUGGAGAAGGAGGUUUGGGAUGUGAAGGAUGGGGACUUUGUUGGAGAAUGGGUCGUCGGCCAGGAGAAGGGACUGGAUGCGAGGAAUGGGACGUUGUGGUAUGGAGGGGGCAGGACUAUCUUGUUGGGGGAGGGAUUCUAG